AUAAUCUCUUUCUGUAAACUCAAAAACUAAUAACUAGGCUUACAGAAAAAAUACUCCAAAAGAAACCACACCAUGUGAUUAUUUAGUACUACUCCAUCAUCCGAUACAUAUUACUGGUCUCAAGUUUGUACUGUAAUAUUUCGACGAGUAAACUUGGUUGCUACAGUACUUGCUAGUGUUACGGAAACGGAAACGGAGACGAGUCGUACGGAGGAAGCAAAUCAUUUGGACGUCACCAAAAUUUAAAGCAAAAAAUAAAAUAAAAAAUCCACGCCUCUUCCGCUUCCGUUCCCGUUCCCCCCACCUCGCCUCGCCGCCGCCCGUCCGCCAUGGCGGCUCCGUACUACCAUCUCCUCCUCAUACUCCUGCUCCUCCACUUCACCCCGCUGGCCUCCCCCUCCGCCGUCGCCGAUCGCGCCGCCCUCCUCGCGCUUAAGGGAGCCGUCACCGCCGACCCGGCAUCCCUCCUCUCCUCCUGGUCAUCCUCCCCCUCUUCCCACUACUGCCAUUGGCGCGGGGUCACCUGCCACCCAUCCACGGCCACCGUCGCCGCCAUCGACCUCCCCUCCGCCUCCCUCUCCGGCACCCUCGACUUCCCCAUCCCGCCGCGGCUCCUCCGCCUCGACCUUUCCGGCAACAACUUCUCCGGCCCAGUCCCCGCCGCCUUCCUCGCCUCCCAAACCCUCCGCGCCCUCAACCUCACCUCCAACCGCCUCACAGGCCCCCUCCUCUUCCCCAGCCCCUCUUCGCCGGCCCCUUGCCGCUCCCUCACCCACCUCCGCCUCGCCGCCAACUUCCUCGUCGGCCAAAUCCCCCGCGCGCUAGCCCAAUGCCGCUCCCUCCGUGUCCUCGACCUCUCCCGCAACGUCCUCGAGGGCGCCGUCCCGCCCGCGCUCGGCCGCCUCGCCGCGCUCCGCGUCCUCGACGUCUCCCGCAACAGCCUCACCGACAGGAUCCCGCCCCAGCUCGCCGGCUGCCGGAACCUCGCCGUGCUCCUGCUCACCAACCCCACCGCGCCCCCGGGGGAGGAUCAGCAGCCGGAGUUCAACGCCUUCGUCGGCGCGCUGCCGCCCGAGGUGCUCGCCAUCCCGGCGCUGCAGGUUCUCUGGGCGCCCAGGGCCAACUUGGACGGCCGGCUGCUGCCAGGCUACAGGAACAACGGGUCCUGCAGCCUCCGGGCGGUCAACCUUGCACAGAACUAUAUCGCUGGUGCAGUCCCGCAGUGGUUCGGUGAGUGUGGAGACCUGGCAUUUCUUGAUCUCAGCUCCAACAGCUUGGAGGGCUCCAUGCCUGCGCAACUCAGAAUAGGAUGUAUGAAGUACCUCAAUGUCAGCCGGAAUUCGCUGUCAGGCCUGCUGCUUUCGUCCACGGACAGCAAAUGCUCGAGCCGUUUGAUCGAUGCCGAUGAUGAUGUACUUCAGUACUAUGAGGCAUUGGUUGGGAGUGCAUUGAUCAGUGGCCCUUUUGGUCCUGUGAUGGGGGACAGUACUAGUGUGGCUCUCCAUGAUUUCAGCAACAAUGGGUUUGCUGGGGCACUGCCGUCUCUUCACUUGCGUCUAGAUGGGAAUCACUCUUACGGUUUGUUCCUCAACAGCAAUAUGUUCAACGGCACGUUUUCUGGUGGAUUUUUUGGAUUCUGCAAGACUGCGAAUGGCGCCGCUGUCAAUUUGAGCAGUAAUCAGUUGUCAGGUACUCUUGAUAUGCUCCCAAGCUGUUUAGCUCUUCAAAGUUUUGAGGCUGGUCACAACAGGUUCAGUGGGUCAAUCUCUCCUAGCAUUGGUGACCUGCAUUUGCUGCGGAGCUUGGUCUUGAGGGAAAACAAUUUGGCAGGUCAGAUCCCAGGGCGGCUUGGUGAUUUGGCUGCUCUGGAGGUUCUGGAUUUGUCAAAAAAUUCUCUGGAAGGUAUCAUGCCUCCACAAUUGUUUGGCGCGUCGCGCCUUAAAGUACUGAUGCUCGACCACAACAGACUCUCAGGAAGCAUCCCUCCCAGUUCCAGUGAACUGGCUCAACUAGCAGUUUUUGAUGUCUCGUUCAACAACCUAUCAGGUGACAUUCCUAGUCUAAGGCACUUCGCUGAUUGCAGUUCAUUUGCUGGCAAUCCCCUGCUGUCCCCGUGCUUGGGUCCAAAUGCAUUGGUACCACCAUUAGCAGCAACUGAUUCCGGGAAACAGACUCAAAGAUCAGGUGGCCACUUGACUAGAUCCAAGGUCCUGAUGGUGAUUGUAGCUGCUGCUGCGACUGCUCUAGUGUCUUUUAUUCUUGCAGCCUUUUUCUUCUUUUUGUGUGAAAGAAGGAAACGAGCAAAGAUUGCAAAUUUAAGGAGAAAAGUAGUUGUGACGUUCACUGAUGCUCCUCCUGAGCUUAACUACGACAACCUCAUCCGAGCAACAAGUAACUUCAGCAUCCAGAACUUGAUUGGAACAGGUGGUUUUGGUGCCACCUACAAGGCUGAGCUGGCUCCUGGUUAUCUUGUCGCAGUGAAGAGGCUAGCCAUGGGGCGUUUCCAAGGUCUUCAGCAGUUUGAUGCGGAAAUCGCGACUCUCGGAAGAAUUCGGCAUAGGAAUCUCGUUACACUUAUUGGGUACCAUAUCGGAGAAUCAGACACUUUCCUGAUCUACAACUAUCUGCCCGGUGGGAACCUCGAGAGCUUUAUACAUGAGAUGGGGAGCAGAAAAGUGUCCUGGGCUGAGGUUUAUACCAUAGGCAUGGAUGUUGCCCAAGCGUUGGCUUUCCUUCAUGGCUCUUGCACACCUCGGAUCAUUCAUCGAGACAUCAAACCGAGCAAUAUUCUGCUGGAUGAUGAGCUGAAUGCAUACUUGUCAGAUUUUGGAUUGGCUAGACUGAUAGAAGUUGCACAAACGCAUGCCACGACUGAUGUUGCUGGGACUUUUGGCUAUGUUGCGCCUGAAUAUGCAACCACCUGCAGAGUCUCUGACAAGUCUGACGUUUACAGUUUUGGAGUUGUUCUUCUAGAGUUGAUGUCGGGCAAGAGGUCCUUGGAUCCCUCAUUCUCACAGUUUGGUGAUGGUUUUACGAUUGUAGCAUGGGGGAGGAUGCUGAUGCAGGAAGAGCGCACCAGUGAAUUCUUCUCUCCGGGACUUUGGGAUGCAUCACCAAAGGACAGAUUGACCGAGAUGUUAAAAGUUGCUAUAUCAUGCACCUCAGAGUCACUAGCUGUUCGGCCAUCAAUGAGGCAGGUUGCAGCAAGGUUGAAGCAAUUGAGGAAUGCCCAAUGAACAGUCAGUAGCUUGAAGAUGUUUCUUCCUUGUACUGUUCAGUGGUCUCUGUUCUGCAUCAUUGCUGAGACAAUGCAGAUUUGCCUGCGAGUAUUCCGACAGUCACAGUGGAGGUGAUCUCGGUUCUUGAGCAAGAUUGGUUUAUCUAUUUUUAGACCAGUUUCCGUAAGCUGGAGGUGGAUAUGGAACCAUCCGGGGUGAUGACAUGAAUGAAACAAGGAACCUGUUGGGUCGAAAGUGGACAUCAGUCAUAUCCCUUGAUAGGUAUAUUCAGCGGCAAUUGAUAGUACUAGCCGAGAGAGAUGACCUUUUCUUUAGACAGAUUUAGGGGAAAUCUUUCGCAGGUAGUGUAUGAGCAAGUGCAUUUGUUUUUUCAAGUCUGAACUUUUCUUUGUUCUGUAAGUGACAGCGUUACAAUGGGUCUUUUACAGUAGUGUACAAUCUGAUUUGGCAAUUCAGCAACAACAAUCUUUCCUAGCCUAGAA